AAAACUAGCUCCAAUCGAUGGGCAAUUACUUCUUCGAUUAGCGACUUCAUAGUAAUUCGUAAUCGUUGUUGAACAUGGAUUUCAGGUGUGCUGCUGUCUUGUUGGUAGUUGCAUUUGCAGCAACUACUUCUGCUUUCACCAGAAUUCCAAAGCAUUUGGAAGAACCUGCUGCAGAAGGAAAAUUGUGGGCAGUUCUUGUUGCUGGAUCUGACACUUGGGAUAAUUAUCGUCACCAAGCUGAUAUCUGCCAUUCCUAUCAAAUUCUGAAAAAUCAUGGAAUCCCCGAUGAGAGAAUCAUUGUUUUGAUGAAGGAUGAUAUCGCCUACAACGACCAAAAUCCUACUAAGGGUAUUGUUAUCAACCACCCUCAAGGAAAGGAUGUUUACAAAGGUGUUCCUAAAGAUUACACUGGAGAGGCUGUGACACCCAAAACUUUCCUGGCUGUUUUGAAGGGCGAUAAGAAAGCGGUGGAUGGUAUCGGCAGCGGAAAGGUCUUAGAAAGUGGUCCUAAUGACCAUGUUUUCGUGUAUUUUGCUGAUCACGGGGCUCCAGGAAUAAUUGCUUUCCCUGAAGAUGAACUCUCUUCAACUGAUUUAAAUAACGCAAUAAAAUACAUGCACCAGAAAAAAAUGUAUGCAAAGAUGGUCUUUUAUAUUGAAGCUUGUGAAUCUGGAUCUAUGUUCGAUGGCUUACUUCCAAACAACAUCAAUGUUUAUGCUACUACUGCCGCUAACCCUGAUGAAUCUUCGUAUGCCAUUUAUUUCGACGAUGAAAGAGAAACAUAUCUCGGUGAUUCCUACAGUGUUCACUGGAUGGAAGAUUCUGACAAAGAAGUGUUGACUAGUGAAACUCUUCAGAAACAAUUCAAGAUUGUUAAGAAGGAAACAACCGAAAGCCACGUCCAGGAAUAUGGAGAUUUGAGCAUUGCCCAAAUGCAUGUUAGUGAAUUCCAAGGAAGAAAGAAUGCUGAACCCAUCGUGCUGCCAGAAGUAGAAAGAGACUCGGUUCGAAGUCGCGAUGUGCCCAUCGAAAUCGUCAGGAGGAAGUUCUUAAAAGCUAAUUCCGAAGAAGAACAAUCGGCUCUGCUCAAAAAACUGAACAAAAUGUACAGAAACAGGCAAUUUUUGAAGAACACAGUAUCCCACAUCGUUGCAGAAAUUUUCCUAAAUGAAGAAAAAGAAAGCGAUACUAUGAAUAACAGAUACAAAUUGAGAAACUUCCAGUGCUACGAUACAGUUCGAGCCCACUUCAACGAAGAAUGCUUCCGCCUAUCAAAGAAUGCAUAUGCCUUAGAUUUCAUGUAUGUUCUAGUUAACUUAUGUGAAAAAGGAGUCCAUCCUGCUGAUAUCAUGGCAGCUAUGGACAGAGUGUGCAUUCAUCCUCCAACUUACGGCAUUCUUUAAUUCUAUAUUUUAAUACAUCAGUGGAAUUACAGAAAAAGUUUUGGACAAGAAAAAAUAGUUCUCAAAAAAUUUUGUUUAUUAAAAUCUGAUGUCAAUGUUUUCCAAUUCAGUAAUCGUUUGCAUGAAUCCUCCAUUUUUUUUAGUUCUCAUUUAUCUGUUUGUUCAUAUAUUUCUAAAUAAAUAGUAAAAUGUAUUUCA